UCUUCUGUUCUCUUCUGUUGCACUUCUGCCCAAUAGAAGAAAGCAAAUAACAAAUGAAAUUGGCUUCAACGAAUGAAUGAAAAGUGUUGUGGUGCUGGUACCCUUAACUUUCCUUCUCAUUAAAAAAAAUCCCACUUCCCUCGCAAUUUAAAAACGUCUUCUUUCCUCGCCGCAAAUGCACUUCGCGGUUCCCAUUCAAAACCCUCCUUUCUUUACUUCCCUUCUUUCUCUUGAGCUUCAAGAAUAAACUAAUAUCAAACCAAUCAAGUGAGUGAGUGAGUGGCUGGCUGAAUUGGUAAUUUCAGCCAGCCAAUCAGGAACUGACACAUGGAAACUGCACCCGCUUGCUUCUUCUGCGGUGGAAUCCCUGCAACUGCAACUGCCACAGCGACAUCAACUCCGAAUUCUGUGCCUUUCCGUUGUACCGUUAGAGUUCCCUUCUCUUCUUCGUUUGCCUCGCUCUGCCUGUUAGCUCGUACCAGGCACGGCGGCGGCGGCGGUGGCGCUUCUGUUUUUCGCUCUUUGUUCUCGUCGUCGUCUUCGUCGGUCACCGGCCUCGGCCUAAUUCGAAGCGCCGCUAACAGCGAAACGAAGCUCCCGGCUCCAAGUAACGCUAAACGAAGUAGAAGAAGAACGCGAACGCGAACUGUUUCUCCUCCUACUCCUCGGCCUCCGUCUCCGGAGAAAACUAACAGUAACGGUAACGGUAACAGCAAUGAGAAUGGGGAUCCUCUCGGGUGGAAGGAUCUUGGGAAGAGUGUUGUGAGAUGGAUUAGGGAGGGCAUGAGGGCCAUGGCGUUGGAUUUCGCGGCGGCGGAGUUGCAGGGGGAAGUGGAAUUCGGUGAGCUGAGUCAGCGAAUGGGGCCUGGUCUGACUUUUGUGAUCGAGGCUCAGCCUUAUCUGAACGCUGUUCCGAUGCCACUUGGGCUUGAAGUGAUGUGCUUCAAGGCCUGCACACACUACCCAACUCUCUUUGAUCACUUCCAGAGGGAGCUUCGGGAGGUUCUCCAGGACCUUCAGAAUAAGUCCUUGCUCCAAGACUGGCGCCAAACGCAGUCUUGGAAGCUGCUUAAAACUCUCGCCAAUUCAGCUCAGCAUCGAGCAGUGGCCAGAAAGAUAGUCCAUCCCCUGCCCAAGACUGUCCAAGGUGUUUUAGGAAUGGACUUGGACAAGGUCAAAGCAAUGCAGCAGAGGAUUGAGGAUUUCACCAACCGCAUGUCUGAACUACUCCGUAUUGAAAGGGAUGCUGAAUUGGAGUUCACUCAGGAGGAAUUGGAUGCUGUUCCUAGGCCUCUGGAUGAUGCUUCCGACCCCUCAAGACCGAUUGAGUUCUUGGUUAGCCAUAGCCAGCCUCAGCAAGAACUCUGUGACACCAUUUGCAACUUAACUGCCAUCAGUACCUCUACCGGACUUGGGGGAAUGCAUUUGGUGUUGUUCAAGGUUGAAGGUAACCAUCGAUUACCACCUACUACUCUUUCACCUGGAGAUAUGGUUUGUGUCAGAACAUGUGACAGCAGGGGUGCAGUUACAACAUCUUGCAUACAAGGAUUUGUGAACAAUCUUGGGGAUGAUGGCUGCAGUAUUAUUAUUGCUCUAGAGUCACGCCAUGGUGAUCCUACGUAUAGUGGAAAUAUUUUGUGUUAUAUUUCUUGCUUCCAGCGCAACUGUGAAGCUCUAAUGCUGCUUCAGAAGAAUGGCUUGCGGAAGAAGAAUCCUUCAAUUGCUGUUGUAGCUACACUCUUUGGAGAAGAGGAAGAUGUCACAUGGCUUGAGAAGAACAAUUUUGUUGACUGGGAAGAAGAAAAAUUAAAUGGACUGCUAGAAAAUGAAACAUUCGAUAGUUCUCAGCAGCGAGCAAUUGCAUUGGGUUUGAAUAAGAAGAGACCUGUAUUGGUUAUCCAAGGGCCUCCGGGUACAGGCAAGACUGGUUUGCUCAAGCAACUUAUAGUAUGUGCCGUUCAACAAGGUGAAAGGGUUCUAGUGACGGCACCUACGAAUGCAGCUGUUGAUAACAUGGUUGAAAAGCUUUCAAAUGUUGGAUUAAAUAUUGUCCGAGUUGGAAAUCCUGCUCGUAUUUCAAAAGCUGUGGGAUCAAAGUCUUUGGGUGCAAUUGUAAAUUCAAAGCUUGCAAGUUUUCGAGAAGAGUAUGAAAGGAAAAAGUCAAAUCUAAGGAAGGAUCUAAGACUUUGUUUAAAGGACGAUUCACUAGCUGCAGGCAUACGGCAACUUCUGAAACAGCUGGGAAGGUCUCUCAAGAAAAAAGAAAAACAGACUAUGAAUGAAGUUUUAUCUAGUGCGCAGGUUGUGCUUGCCACUAAUACUGGAGCAGCUGAUCCCUUGAUUCGAAGGCUAGAUGCUUUUGACUUGGUUGUCAUAGAUGAAGCGGGACAAGCAAUUGAACCAUCUUGUUGGAUUCCUAUAUUGCAGGGAAAGCGCUGUAUUCUUGCUGGCGAUCAAUGCCAACUUGCUCCUGUCAUAUUGUCCAGACAGGCCUUAGAAGGUGGCCUAGGAAUAUCACUACUGGAGAGAGCUACAGCUUUGCACGAAGGGAUUCUAACCACCAGGCUAACAACACAAUACCGUAUGAAUGAUGCAAUUGCUAGUUGGGCCUCAAAGGAGAUGUACGGAGGAUUGUUGAAGUCUUCUGAGUCUGUCUUUUCUCAUCUUCUUGUAGACUCUCCUUUUGUUAAGCCUACUUGGAUAACCCAAUGUCCACUGCUAUUGCUUGAUACAAGAAUGCCAUAUGGAAGUCUGUCGGUUGGUUGCGGAGAGCAUCUGGACCCAGCAGGAACGGGCUCAUUUUAUAAUGAAGGAGAAGCUGAUAUAGUUCUGCAGCACGUCGUUUCCUUGGUUUAUGCUGGUGUUAACCCAGCUGCCAUUGUGGUGCAGUCCCCUUAUGUCGCUCAAGUGCAGCUUCUGAGGGACAUGCUUGAUGAGGUACCUGAAGCUGCUGGUACUGAGGUUGCAACCAUUGAUAGUUUUCAAGGUCGCGAAGCUGAUGCAGUAAUUUUAUCCAUGGUACGGUCAAACACAUUGGGAGCUGUUGGAUUCCUUGGUGAUAGCAGAAGAAUCAAUGUUGCCAUCACAAGGGCACGCAAACAUGUAGCCGUGGUCUGUGACAGCUCAACAAUAUGCCACAACACCUUCCUGGCAAGACUUCUGCGUCACAUUCGACACUUUGGUCGGGUGAAGCAUGCAGAACCAGGUAGUUUUGGGGGUUCUGGACUAGGGAUGAACCCCACAUUACCCUCCAUUAAUUAGUGUUGCAUCAAUAGCACUAAAGUUCAUGGCCUUUCACGUGGCCAAAACUUAUAAUGUAUAUAGCAAUUCUUGAAUUUCAUAUUUGUAUACAAAGUACAGCUUGCGCAUGAAAAAUAGCAGAAUGCUUCAUAGCCAAUAUACACAUUGGCAAAAUCUGAUAGGAAUACUUAAGUUUUAAAACAAAUUAA